UCAUGAAUUUAUAUUUUCAUAAUCAAACGUAACCUGAAUCAUUUGCAAGCAUUCUCUUCGCAAAUCGCGUGUGAAAACGAGAGUUCACAAUUGAAGAAAUCUAUAAUCAUGUCGAGGAGACAUCCAGAGAGCAGCUAUCGAAAAGGGUCAAAUACCUACAGAAGAGAGGACAGCAGCGACGAAGACGAGAGGUUGAGAGACAGAUCACCUUUGCGAUCACAUGAUAGACAUGAUAGACAUGACAGACAAGAAUCAUCAAGUUAUCUUCCAGGAGAUUCUAAGAAACAAAAACUUACUUUUGGUUUUGGAAAGAAACCAUCAGCAGACCAGAAAAAAGGACUUCAAAUCAAAUUCGGAUCUUCAUCGAAACCUUCCAGUGCACCUGUAGUACCAACAAAACCAACAGUUGCAUCAGUAUUUAAUGCUGAUGAAGAUGACGAGCCUGAAGAAAUGCCGGCUGAGGCGAGAAUGAGAAUGAGAAAUAUAGGAAGAGAAACACCAACAUCAGCAGGUCCCAAUUCAUUUGGCAAAACGAAACAAGGUUUCUGUGAUUCAAAGAAAAUAUUUGAAAAGACGCUUAAGAAAGCCAUGGAAGAGGCUAAUAAAUGAUUCUUCAAUUUAA